AUGGACGGCAUCACGCAGACUAAACGAGAUGUCGAGACAUUGGAAUUUGUGAAGCCUGGGCCAUUGCAACAGCUUCCACUUCCACGAGAACUAGUUCACCUUGAGGGUGAGGGUAUCGAAAAACUUGAAGCAAGUCUUGUCCGAAGGCUUGAUAGCUGUCUCCUCCCUGCGGUUGUGAUCCUCUUUCUCAUGAACAUCUUGGACCGGAACAACAUUGCCAAUGCUAAGAUUGCAGGAUUACCCGAUACGCUUGGCAUAUCGAAUACACAGUACAACACCUGCUUGAUGAUCUUCUAUGUCGGAUGUGAGUGGAGUCGUGGAGAAAUAGCAUACAUCCUUGCAAUUCAUCUUCACAUCAUAACGCAGAUUCCGUCUAAUCUCAUCAUAACCAAGGUCAGACCGUCACUAUACAUCGGAUUUGUUACAGCAGCCUGGGGAAUUGUUUCUAUGUGCCAAGCCUUCACGCGCAACUUCACGGGUCUUCUGGUCUGUCGACUUGUACUUGGACUGGUAGAAGGGCCCUUUUUACCUGGUGUGUUCUUCUUGAUGUCUUGCUGGUAUAAGCGAUCAGAACUCCCGCCUCGAAUUGCCCUCCUCUACGGUGCCAAUAUGCUGGCAAGUGCAUUUGGGGGUCUGAUAGCUGCGGGAAUUGUGGCACGAAUGGAAGGAAAGCUGGGUAGGCCGGCUUGGGUAAAUUGCGCCUGGUUCCUCCUGGCUCUGGGUGGUAUGCUUACAUUGAUAGGAAUGGCUUUUCAUUAUCGAGGGGUCAAUGACUAUUGCGAUUGCACUUCUGGUGAUCCCGACUGGAGACUGCAGAACGAAAAUGCUGGUAUCACAGACAAUGACCCCCAAUCACUGAUCUGGGGACUCAAGCAAGCCUUCAUCGAUCCGAAGCUGUAUAUGUUUGUCGUACUACAGAUGUCUCUUAUUACAGCACAAUCUUUCAACAACUUUUUCCCUUCGAUUGUCGGCACACUAGGAUAUGAUGACACUAUAACACUGCUACUCACAGCACCACCCUAUGCAUUUGCAUUCAUCUGCUCCCUCAUCAUAUCUUUCCACGCAGCACAUAAGCAAGAGCGAGGGUAUCACAUUGCUAUUCCACUGGCCUUUGCUCUCCUUGGAAAUUUACUGGCAAUGUUUGUACCCACGACGGGCGGUCGGUACUUUAGCAUGUUUCUCAUGACUGCUGGCUCGUAUUCACCUUAUAACCUGUGUGUAUCAUGGCUGAGCUCUACCUUACCUCGACCAAAAGCCAAGCGGGCAACAUCGCUGGCACUAGUCAACUUGAUGGGCGCCGGUGUGGCCCACUUCUAUACAUCGUACAUGUUCCCAGAUUCGCAAAAGCCAAGAUACUACGCGGGUGGCGGCGUCAUGAGCGGGGCCUGUUUGGUUUGUGCAGUCACAGCUCUUGGGAUCAAGUGGCAUCUGAAGCAGCAAAAUGCAGAGUUGGAGAAGGCAGAAUUGGAGGAAGGCACAAUGGCGGGACCAGCUCUUGGCCCUGAAGCAGGAAGCCGCCCAGGUGGAAUCGUUUCGUUUCGAUAUGUGCAUUAG